AUGAAUGCUAUUGAACGGUGGGUGCCGACGGUUCGGAUGGAUUUCCCAGCAAAAAAUCCCUUUUGGGUCAAGAUUAUUAAUCUACCAGACCAGCACUGCGAGAAGCGAUCGGUGAAGAGGAUUGGUGAGGACUUAGUUGAAUACAUGGAUUGGAAAGACACUGAACCUUUCCCCAUGGUUCGAGUAAUGGUGGAGUGUGACUCAUCGCUGAUAUUCAAUCGCGAAACUGUUUCAGACAUAGGCGAGAUCUUCUACAUCGAAUUCAAUUAUGUGAAGUUGUAA